UUACAAUCGCACAUGCAACAUGAAACUUUUCCUUGCAAAACUCUACCCGGUGUUCAGCAGCACAGGACAUGGCGACAAGCAACAAGUAGCAGCAUUUUUCUGAACUUAAUGUCGGGUUAGUUGAGGCAUAAGUGCAAUAUGAUAAAGAUUUGGUUAGGGAAACGCGUGUGUUUUACAACUGAGCGGAAAGUGGGCUUCUGAGUCGAAUUAAAAGAGGGGGGGGAGACCACAAAAAUCUGCGGUUUGCACCCGUGCUGGAUUAUAUCUGAUAUGGAAAUGUAAAGUUUGCAAGCUGUAAUCUGGACGCAAGGAAACUAACACGCCAUCCUCCAAAAAACAGCUACAAACAACUUAUUCUUUCCUUUGUUGAAUUAACGGCACCGCUUCAAGGACCCAGUUUGCGUCCCAGUGCGCACUUUCGCUGAAGGCAAAACAAACAUUCCCUUGGGAUCUGAACCUAUGACCAGAGAUGAUUUGUAAAGCUUUUUCCACACCUGCGUUUGUUUUUUCUGUCCUUGUGUUGGUGCUGAAGGCAGUCGGAGUUUCGGCGCAAGAGGACGACGAGUUCAACGCCGAGACAUGGCUGAGGACCUACGGCUAUCUGUCCCAGGCCAGCAGGCAGAUGUCCACCAUGCAGUCGGCGCAGAUUCUGUCCACAGCCAUAAAGGACAUGCAGCGCUUCUACGGCCUGGACGUCACUGGCCAUGUGGACUCCACCACUCUGAAAGCUAUGAGGCGUCCGCGAUGUGGUCUUCCUGAUCACUUCGAAGUGUCGAGUGAAGGAAGUGUCAGGCGGAAACGUUUCGCUCUGACGGGUCACCAGUGGGAUAAAAACGAGCUGACUUACAGCAUUCAGAACCACCCACCCAGCAUCAGCCAGCAUCAGUCCCACGAGGCCAUCAGCAAGGCCUUCAGAGUCUGGGAGAAAGUGACUCCUCUCCGUUUCAAUCAGAUUCCUUACCGUGACAUCAAAAACGGCAGCGAGGGGCCGGAUAUUAUUCUGCUCUUUGCUUCUGGAUAUCAUGGAGACACGUCUCUCUUUGAUGGUGAAGGCGGGUCUCUGGCUCACGCGUUCUUUCCAGGUCCAGGCAUCGGAGGAGACACACACUUUGACAUGGAUGAACCAUGGACGCUCAACCAGCGGGAAGGAAGCGGCAUCGACCUGUUCCUGGUUGCAGUUCACGAGCUGGGUCACGCGCUGGGACUCGAGCACUCCAACGACGCCUCAGCCAUCAUGGCUCCGUUCUACCAGUGGAUGGACACGGAGAGCUUUUCUCUAGGCGAGGACGACAUCAGGGGCAUUCAGCAGAUCUACGGACCCCAUGUGGAGGCACCAACAGAGUCUUUAAGCACCACCACGAUCCCGGCAUUCACCACCACCACCACCACCAUAGCUGAACCAGAACCUACAUCCACCACUGCAGAGCCUUUAAAGCCCACCAGACCUCCAGAGAGACCCACCAGACUUCCGGAAAGACCCACCAGACCUCCUGAGAGAGCUACCAGACCUCCAGAGAGAGCCACCAAGCCGUGGGUUCCUCCGGCUCACCCCACACCCACUCGCCGCUCGGACCAAGACACCCCUGAUAUCUGCGACGGAGACUUUAACACGAUUGCGGUGCUCAGGGGGGAGAUGUUUGUCUUCAAGGGUCGGUGGUUCUGGAGGGUCAGGAGGAACCAGGUUCUUGAUAAUUACCCCAUGCCCAUUUCUUUCUUUUGGGUUGGCCUGCCUGAAGACAUAGAUGCGGCAUACGAACGCCAUGAUGGAAAAUUUGUGUUCUUCAAAGGCAGUAAAUACUGGUUGUUCAGGGAAGCCGACGUGUUGCCCGGAUAUCCUCAGGAACUGAUGCACUACGGUCACGGGAUGCCAGAUCGAGUGGACACGGCGGUGUGGUGGGAGCCAUCUGGAUACACUUACUUCUUCAGAGGAGACAGAUACUGGCGUUUCAGCGAAGAGUCUCGGGCUGCGGAUAAAGAUUACCCACGACCCAUCAGCGUAUGGGGCUCCAUCCCCGCUUCUCCUAAAGGGGCCUUCCUGAGUGAUGACGGAGCGUACACAUACUUCUACAAAGGAACCAAAUACUGGCGAGUUGACAACAAGCGCAUGAAGGUCGAUACGGGGUACCCGAGAUCCAUCCUGAAUGAUUUCAUGGGAUGCCAUGUUCACUUCGAUCCCGGCUUGGAUACCGAUAUAAAACCAGACCCUAAGUGGCCAGAGACAGGAGGAAAGGCCCAAGACGACAACAUGGACGACUACAGAGACAACGAUGUCAAUAACGACGAUGAUGAUGAUGAUGAUAAAAAGGUGGUGGUGCAGGUGAAAGAGACUAACGACUACGUCAUGACCCUCGUCCUGGUGACGGUGCCUCUGGUCCUGGUGCUGUGCAUUCUGGGAGCGAUUUACAUCAUCAUCAACACGCUGCAGAAAAAGGAGACUCCCAAAGUGCUGGUUCACUGUAGACGUUCACUGCAGCAGUGGGUGUGAUGCAUACAAGUGCACACAAGAACAGUUUCUCACACACACACACACACACACGCGCUCGCUGUAUGGUGUCCUCUUUCUGCACAUGUGUUGCGAUUGAAUACAUUUAGGAGAAGAAUCCACAUGAACAGUGCAUUUUUCUGUUAUUCAUGAAUUCUGAAGUUAAAAAGAUCUUAAAGCUCAGAGUUUGAGUCAUGAAACAAUGUUGACUUUGAGCUUAUGGAUGUUGAAGUGUCAUUUUAGUCCUAGGGAGCCUUUUCUGCAUAAUUUACCAUUAUUUCUGAGGGAAAUGUUGAAAUGAAAUAGGAAUGGCUUUUAAAUGGAGCUUGUGGAGUAUGCUCUUGUGUCUAAGUAGUUAUACCAUUGUUGCUAGGUAACAAAGAAAUUAUGGACGCUUGCUGUGGAAUUGUGAACAAUUUAGCUUGCUAACACAGGAAAUGUGACACAAAUGCCAGGAAUAUAAACAUUUACCUCUUGAUAAGUUCUUGAGUCAGCUGCUAUCAUAGACAUAAUAAAGGUCAAAAUAACCACUGAGAAACUAUUAGGAACUUUUUCCUCAGAAUUACUGAGAAAAAACUCCACUGGUUAAAAUUAUACUUUAAUAGCACUUAGCAUUAGCUGCUGUCAGAUAAUAUAGAGUCAUAGUGAGAGUGGAAGCAGGAUAUAACCACCCAGAAACGUUCCUGGUACUGGAAACAAGACAAAAAAUGUCAGGAAAUUGUAGGGAACGUAAACAUUUACCUCGGAUGUGUUGGUAAAUUACUAAGAAAUGACUCCACGGUUUAAAAUAUUGCAAUAAAACUUAGCAUCAACAGGUAUUAGGCAAUACUGAUGCAUAGUGUAAGUGGAAAUGAGACACAAAUGUCGGGAAUAUAAACAUUUACCUCAGAUGUGUUACGAAAUUACAGAGAAAAGACUCUGCAGAGUACAAUUAAACUGUAAUAAUGAUUAGCAUGUGCUGCUAUUACAGGCAACCUAAAGGUCAAAAUAAUCAGUGAGAAACUGUUAGGAAUAUAAACAUCAGAUUUGUUGAGAAAUUAAACUUCACAUCAGCUGCUAUCAGAUAAUAUAAAGCCAUAGUGAGAGUAAAAAACCGUCAGGAAUAUAAACGUUUUUCUCAGAUGUGUUGGUGAAUUAGUCCAAAGAUUAAAGUUAGAUUGUAUUAUAAUGGUACCACAAAAAUGUCCGGAAUAUCAACGUUUUCCUCAGGUGUCUUGGUAAAUUCCCAGGAAACGACUCCACAGAUUACAAAUUAAACUGUAAUAACUCUUAGCAUUAGCAGCUAAAACAGACAAUAUAAAGACAAAGCGAGAGUGGAAACAAGACAUAACUGCCCAGAAACUGUCGUGAUAGUGGAAACAAGACACAAAUAUCAGGAAAUGAUCUGGAAUAUAAACAUUUUCCUCAGAGGUGUUGGCAAAUUACUAAGAAAAACACUCCACAGUUGAAUUAAAUCCUAAUAACAUUUAGCGUUAGGUACUAAUUCAACUUCUGUGGGUUCUGCCAUAUUACGGAAACCACAACAUUGCCUCAAUAAGUCUCUAAAUUAUGAUUCAUGAACUUUCUGAUAACACCAAAAAGUGCUGUUUAAGUGGAAUCUCCUUGUAAACAUGUCGAACUCAUGACCGUAUAUGGAUGUAGUAAAAUAGUUUCUCCACAGCGAGACACUUUUUUUUUUUUUUUUUUUUUUUUUGCCUUUACACGACUGUGGUGCUCUGCCCAUUUAACACUCUGUUCUGGACAGAGGGAUUUGCACUUUCAUGUCAUUUUUAAAUGAUUCUAUCAUUUGUUCUGUGGUGGCUUUACGUCGUGGUUCUUCUGUGUUCUGUUGUGUGUGAAUGUCUACGCAUAAAGCAUGAAGCAGAUUCUCUCCUUCCCUCCUUUAACGAGCCCAAACUCAACUUUUACAACUCUCUCACACAGAGUUCGAGUGUGUUAGUCAGCGAAAUUCUGCCGCUCUGUUCAGUUAAGUGGCCUCAGUUAAGUUAAUAGCGAAAAAAAAAAAAAAAAACCCAAACUGUGUGUUUGGAAGAGCAUCAUGAAGAGCGUAAAGGAGUUAAAGGAGGUUGGUUUUAUAAAUUGCAUUGCACAUACUUGCAACGUUUACUGUCUGUGCUGACGGGGCCGAGCCUGGCUUGUGUUACACACAUGGUGCUGAUUAAGGGAUUUUUGAGGGCGAGAGACAAAGAGGAAGAAAGUUAGAGAGAGGACGAAGGGGGAAGGGGGUUUCUUUAUCCAUGCAGCAUUUCCUUCCCUUCCUCUGAGUUCCAUCCACUUUGCCAAACAGAAAAGGAGGGGGAUAUGCCACUGAGGCGUGCUCCUACUGUCACUAUGACCUACAUUUAAAACUCCUUUCUGCCCUUUAUCACAAAUUUUGUAUCAUUCCUGGGGCAAAACAAAGCCUUCCUGUGGGAUUUUGUCAUUUUCUGAGCCAGGUUUUAACCACAGGUUCCUCUCAGGGCCUCUCCCUGGAGUCUGUUUAUGAGAAUCUUGGCUUCGUGUCCAUUAGCUGCUGCUGCGAUUACGGCUCACCAUCAAGCUCUUCGUUUUUACUGUGUGACUUCAGCAGAAAAAAAAGAAAUCUGAUCCCUUUUUUUGUCCUCAUGUCUGUCUCUCUCUCUCUCUCUCUCUCUCUCGCUCUCUCUCUCUCUCUCUCUCUCUCUCUGCUUAUCAGUGCCUUGAACGAUUGUUUUUAAACCUGUGUCAUUUUUGUACUGUGUAUCAUAUGAAUGUGUAGUAGGUUUUUUUCCCCCCUUUUUUUCUUCUUGUAAUUUGUUGAUAGAUUUACAUUUGCAUACAUUUUUGUAUUAUCAAUGAACUGACUCGAUCAUGCAGGGCAUGUAUUGCUUUUUUUUCCAAUGCAGGUAGCCUAUUAUGAGAUGACUAUUAUAAGCUUGCUUACAAUAAAAACCAGUUUCACAAAAAAAAAAAAAAAAA